CAGCUUCAGUGACACAGAGUUGGGAUAUGGAGAGUGAGUGCUGGAGCUAGCCGGGACAUGUCUGAGUAGAAACCUGCAUUAUUUCCCAACACGUACAGCAUUAAAUCCACGUGUUGAAGAUGGGACAGUGCGGCAUCACGUCGUCAAAGACGGUCCUCGUCUUUCUGAACCUUAUAUUUUGGGCUGCUGCUGGUAUCCUGUGCUAUGUGGGAGCCUAUGUCUUCAUUACAUAUGAUGACUACGAUCACUUCUUUGAAGACGUGUACACUCUCAUCCCAGCAGUGACCAUUAUCGCAGUUGGAGCCCUCCUUUUCAUUAUUGGGCUCAUUGGAUGCUGCGCUACAGUGAGAGAGAGCUACUGUGGACUGACAGCGUUUGUCGUCAUUCUUCUGCUGGUUUUCAUGACGGAAGUGGCAGUGGUGGUUCUCGGAUACGUUUACAGAGCAAAGGUUGAAGAUGAAGUUAAUAGUUCCAUCAAGAAAGUGUAUGAUGAGUAUAAUGGCACCAACAGCAAUGCCCAGAGUCGUGCCAUCGACUACGUUCAGAGACAGCUUCAGUGUUGUGGAAUCCACAAUUACUUAGACUGGCAGUAUACACACUGGUAUGAAGAAUCAAAAAAUAACAGCGUACCCAUCAGCUGUUGCAAAGCAAACAUUGGAAGCUGCACAGGGUCCCUCACUCGUCCUGAAGAUCUCUACCAAGAGGGUUGUGAAGCUCUGGUUGUGAAGAAGUUGAAGGAGAUCAUGAUGUAUGUCAUCUGGACUGCACUGACAUUUGCUGCUAUUCAGAUGCUGGGGAUGUUGUGUGCUUGUGUGGUGCUGUGCCGCAGAAGCAGAGGUCCUGCCUAUGAGCUUCUCAUUACAGGGGGCACCUAUGCAUGAAGGAGAUCACGUUUCUCACCAUAACACACACUUUCAGAAUUUACAUUUAAUUUAAGAAUGUGGCAUAGGUGAGAUAGUGAAAAUAAUCUAUUACCACACUAACUUUAAAACACUAACCAAACUAAAGUUAUAUAUUUGACCUGUUUUUCCAAAAAAAAAAAAAAAAAAAAAAGCUACUGACCAAAUUCUUUAACGGUCAAUGUAAAUGAGAUGCAGAAAGCAUUUUGUUGCUCUGAGGAUUGCAAGAGGCCAUAAGACCUCUUCUUACCAAACUCAAACCUUGUUAGUCAAGGGAAUGUAUGGUUACAUGUGUGGUUUAAAAAGGUGGACAGGGUCAUUUCCUCAUAUGUUAGUUUGCACUAUGUUUAUGGCUUUGAAUAUUUUAUAUUUAAAUCUGUCAUGUACUUGAAUGAAAGACUAUAAUUUUACCUUGUACCUUCACUACUACUGAUACUACUAUUCUACUGCUACUACUACUCUAACAGCUCAGUUUUAGUUAAAAUCUCACCUUUUUCAGCAGUAUUCUCUCAAGAAAUAUUGGACACCCCAACCCCAGUCAAUGGCACAGCAAGUUUCUGAGUGUAAACUAUGAAACUUUACUGGGAUUUGCUGAUUUUCUUUUAAGAAUCAAACCUUGUAACCCCCUUCAGUAUGUGGGCUUUUUCAAGUACUAAUGCAUUCUUAACUCUAGAUAGAUAAACUUUGUCCUGUUUGUUUUGUCUACAGUCUACUGAUGGUAGUUUUAGAAUUUGAUUUGUUGACAUGUAGCAAUGGCAAGACUCAAGAAUGUAAAUAAAAUGUGGGGAAAGUUUGAAAUUAAAAAGUGCAUUUUCUGA